ACUAGUUCUAACAUUAUUAUUCAAUAAGACCAGUUCAACCUGCGAACGCUGUAAACUGUUCUGACAAAUUCAACAAUCAGACAUAUUCAGUAAAAUGACUGAACCAAAAAACGAAGUAGUAAUAUCAGGCGUAGGAGCGAUGUUUCCGGAAUCUGAUAACUUAGAUGAGUUAAAGGAACUGCUGUUUAAUAAAAUUAACGGAGUAAAAGACAACCGAUUUAAAUCCGUUUCAAAUGAUAUGAUAAGAUUAAAUGGUUGCGGAAAAUUGAAAAAUUCUCAUCAUUUUGAUGGAACAUUCUUCAAGGCUCAUCCAAAAUUAAUAAACAAUAUGGAUACAUUGACGAAGAUUUUAAUAGAGCGAUCAGUUGAAGCAAUUAUUGAUGCAGGUUUAAGUCCAUCAGACAUAUACGGGACAAAUACAGCGGUGAUCACGUGCUCAAGUCAUAGCGAAACAGAAACAUUUGCAAUGAAUCGUCAUCAUCAUUUUGGAAUGUUGGGGGCCAGUAAAACAAUGCAAGCAAAUCGUGUCUCCUAUAUUCUUAAUUUAAAAGGUCCAAGUUUUUGUAUGGAAGGUGGAUUGGUAGCUAGCGUAAAUGCAUUAGAAAAGGCAAAGAAAAUGAUUCAAGAUGGUAUAGUAUCCGCUGUUCUUGUUGGGGCAGCAAGUAUAGUCUUUAGAUCAGAAGUACAUUAUCAAUAUCAAGGAUUGAAUAAAUUAAAUAACGAUAAUCAAACCAAACCUUUCGACACUAAUGCUGAUGGAUAUAACAGAUCAGACGGUUGUGUUGUUGUGUUACUCCAAAAAGCGUCUGAAGCUAAGCGAAAUUACGGUACAUUAUUGGGUGUAAAAUCAAAAAUGUAUGGCGAUAACGACAACUGUCUAACCGCAUAUUCAAGCCAACAUUUCAAAUCAUUACUAGUGGAUUGUUAUAAGGAAGCUAAUAUUGAUCCUACAACAAUAGAUUUCGUCGAAGCUUACGGUUCGGGAAUAAAGAAAGAAGAUACGAUGGAAUUGAACGUAUUGGAAGAAGUUUUUUGUACGGAACAAAGAAAGAAACCAUUGAAAGUAGGAUCCGUGAAGAGUAAUGUUGGACACUGCGACGUAACUAGUAUGUUUGUAUCAUUAGCCAAAGCUAUUAUUGCGUUUGAAAGCGGUUAUAUACCACCCAAUAUUAAUUACAAUACACCAAAUCAAAAUGUAAAGGCCUUAAAAAGUGCAAAAAUACAAGUAGUCACUGAAAAGACUCCACUUCAUGGAGAUAUAAUAGGAAUCAGUACAUUUUGUAACGUAAAUGCAUUCGGACAUGUUAUUCUUAAAAGACAUAAUAAAAUUAAAAAAAUUAAUAGUGAUUGUAAUAUACCCCGAUUGUUACUUGUAUCAGGACGAACUGAAGAAAACGUCAACACUGCUUUAAAAAAGAUAAAUUGCAAUGGAAACGAUGAAGAAUUUGUAGCGCUGACCAAUAACGUGUUUACUAAAAAUAUAAAUGGUCAUUUCUACAGAAGUUUUUCUAUUUAUCCUUCUUUAGACGAGGAACGAAUCAAUGAUGUUUGGAACGUAACACUCCAAAAACGUCCUAUUUGGUUUAUAUUCUCUGGAAUGGGAUCACAAUGGCAAGGGAUGGGCAAAGACCUUAUGAAUAUUCCUAUUUUCGCAAAAGCAGUAGAAAAAUGUGACUCUGUACUUAAACCUCGAGGGAUUGAUAUAAAGAAUAUUUUAACUAGUCAGGACUCAAAAAUGUUCGACAAUAUUCUUAAUUCGUUUGUUGGCAUCGCAGCUGUUCAAAUCGGAUUAUUUGAUAUACUGAAUGCACUGGAUGUGAAGCCUGACGGAAUUAUAGGGCAUUCGGUGGGAGAAUUGGGUUGUGCUUAUGCUGAUGGAUGUUUCACGGCUGAAGAAAUGAUAUUAUCCGCUUAUGCACGCGGUCGAGCUUCUCUCGAAACGGAGCUUAUUCCUGGCAUGAUGGCUGCUAUUGGACUCGGAUACGACCAAAUUAAGGCCAAACUGCCAUACGACGUUGACGUGGCAUGUCGUAAUAGUGAUUCGAGUUGUACUAUAUCUGGUCCAGUGGACAGCGUAAACGAAUUCGUAUCAAAAUUAAAAUCCGAAGGAAUUUUUGCGAAGGCCGUCAAUGUUGCUGGAAUAGCUUAUCACAGUAGAUACAUUCAAUCAGCCGGACCAAUUUUGAUGAAAUAUUUAAAAGAUAUUAUAAAAGAACCCAAAUUGAGAUCAGCGAAAUGGAUCAGUAGUUCGAUACCGGAAUCAAAAUGGGAAUCGGAUCUUGCAAAAUAUUCAUCUGCAGAAUAUCAUACUAACAAUCUUUUAAAUAGUGUAUUAUUUGAAGACGCUCUUAAACACAUACCAAAUGAUGCAAUUACAAUUGAAAUUGCUCCACAUGGUCUCCUUCAAGCAAUCAUAAAAGGUGCACUGCCAACUAAAGUGACAAGUAUACCAUUAACCAAAAGAGUUUUUGGCAAUUCAAUCAGAUUUUUAUUGUCAGCUAUUGGAAAAAUGUAUGUCAGCGGCGUUAAUCCGAAAAUCCAAGAGCUUUAUCCAAAAAUAUCUUUCCCAGUAGCCCGAGGUACACCUACAAUUCAUUCCUUACCAUUUUGGAAUCAUACUGAGCAAUGGAUACCUCUUGAAUCAUAUAAUUUAAAGAGUGACAGAGAAAUAGGCGAAAAACAUAUUGAUUUGUUAUUAAAUAAUAACAUCCAUUUAAUGGAAUAUCAAAUCCAUGGCCAUCAUAUAAUACCACUAUCGUAUAUUUUGGUCGAAGUGUGGAAAAUGUUUAUCAAAAUAAAUGCCAAGGAAUUUUCCGAGGAAUCCGUUCAGUUCCGUAAUUUGCGGUUCAAAAAUAAUUUCAAAAUAAAUAAAUUUAAAUGGUCCAAGAGUUAUUUCAUGAUUCAAACGGGAUCUGGUAACUUUCAAUGUAUAAUUGACAAUGAAAUAAUUUUAACUGGGCAAGUAGGAUACUUAAUCGACAAUGAUGAUUUAAUUUCAAUGACUUCGAUGACGUUGAAUAUAAACUCUGAAGAUUUUCAAGGAUCGUUACCAAGUGCUGAGUUAUACGAUACUUUGGAAAAAAAUGGAUUCAAUUUUAAAAAUGGCUACAAAAAUAUAGAUAGUUGUGAAAUUUAUAAAAAUAAUAUUCAGGGCUACAUAAAUUGGGAAAAUGAUUGGAUUUAUUUUUUGGAUGGGCUAAUGAAAUUUCCAAUGCUAGAAAAUAUUGAAAAAUGUUCCACUGAAGCCCCAGUUUCUAUAAGACAAAUAAGUAUUGUUCCAAAAAUGGUUGAACAUUCAACUGAAAAGCGUAUACUAUUCCAUUAUAAUAAAUUAACGAAAGAAAUAAUUGGGAACGGAAUAAAAAUAUCAGAUAUUAGAUACGCUCAUAUUUCAUUACCCAAACCAAAUUCCGAUGUAGUCAAAUUAGAAGAACAAAGAUUUAUUAAUUCCGAUGUUUCCAAUUGUGAAAAUAUAGAUAACUUCAUUAGCGACGCUAUGGACAUAAUAAUGGAAGGUGACAAAUUGGGUUUAAAUACUACACAUAGAAAACUUAUUAUUUGUACUCCAUACCAUUAUAAUGAUGCUAUCUCUAAAGACUGCAUAAACGCGAUCAGACAUAAUGUUGAAAACCAAUCAAUUGAAAGUAAAACAAUGAGCUGGGAUAAUGUGAAUACUCCAUCAGAGGAUGAUGAGUCCGGAAUAUUUAUCUCAGUCACAAAUAGUAAUUACUUGCAAGAUACAACUAAAUCGUUAGCCAAUAAAACAUGUAGUUACAUUAUCGUAUAUUCGAGAUAUAAACUUCAAGACCUUAAAGAAUGGAAAGCCAUCAUCCAACAGAAACAUGAUGAUGGCAAUUAUUUAGUUUUAAUGAAAAAGAGGACUCUUUUAGAUAGAAACUCCGUUUUUAUUAAACAUUCUAAUGACGAUAACGACUAUGCAAUUUGGAAAGCAUUAACGAAUACUAAGGGAACGGUUUACAUUGUUUCAAAUUUUGAGCCAUUAGAAGGCGUUAAAUCAUUGAUUAUGAAAUUCAAGACACAAAGACUCAGAUUUUUGUUUAUUUUGGACCCGAAGGCCCCAGAUUUCGAAUCAAAUACAUCUUUUUACACUGAUCGUUUAUCUAUCGGUUUAAUAGUCAAUAUUUAUAAAGCUGGUAGUUGGGCUACAUACAAAAGAAUCGUUGUACAAAAUGUAAAACCCAUGAAAACAGUUGUUGAAAGUAUCCUAUUGGAUAAAUUAAAAUAUUUCAAACCACAUAAUUUGGAAAUUAAACAUAUUGGAUUAAAUUUCAACGAUUUAGUAGUGGAAGAUAAUACAGAGAAUAAUUUGGGGCCAUUGGAGUACUCUGGUGUAAAUGAAAAUGAAAAAAAUGUUAUGGGAAUUAUUAAGUUUAAUCACAAUUCUUCUGAGUUACAUCACGAUGCCGCCUUUUCAUGGCCUGUCCCAUUAACGUGGACAUUAGAAGAUGCCACUUCUGUUCCAUUGUCUUACGCCCUGAGUUAUUACAUUUUUAACGUCAUGUGUUCCCUCCAAUCUCACCAAUCGUUAUUAGUGACCUCUGGAUUACAUCCCAUUGGUCAAGCAGCAAUUUCGAUAGCCAUAGCUGAAAAAUGUGAAACAUUUGUUAUCGUAGACUCCAAUCAUCAAGCAGAUCAACUAUCUCAUAUAUUUCCGGAGCUGCCACGUUCAAGAAUAGUUAUAAAUACUAAUAACAAGUUCGAUAUCAAGCUAAAAUUGAUGAAACCAAAAGGCUUUGAUUUGAUAUUAAACUUUUUGAAUGGUAAUUCGUUACAAUCUGCAUUCGAACUGACACGCGGGUCAGGAAAAUUCUUCCACUUAUCUAAUUCUGAUAUGAAAAAUCAAUCGGUUUUAAGGACACGAACUUUUUUGAAGAAUAUUGCGUUUUAUGCAAUCAGUUCAAAGCUGUUACUAAACGAGUGUGACAGUAAAAAGCGAAUUGUACAACAAGCGUUCUUGAACGGCCUGAAUAAAGGUGUUGUAAAACCGCUCCCUAGCCAUAUUAUAACAUCAUUCAGUAGUAAGAACAUAUUCGACAUGAUAAGGACAUUCUCGACAUCGGUGGUUCCAAAAAAAGUUAUAUUGACAUUAAAUUACGAUUUCAAAUACCCUAAAUCAUCUGAAAAUAUUGAAAGUAACACGCCUUAUUUGUGUAAACCUGACCACGUCUACGUAAUCAUUGGUAACAAGUCGGAUUGGUUAGAUAUCACGGAAUGGUUAGUCAAUCGGGGAGCUAAAAAAGUCGUAAUUAGUGUCAGUAGAUACGUAAUUUCAACGACGACUUGUAGGAGAAUCGAUAAGCUUAUUUCUCAAAAUAUAUCUGUACAUAUUGAGUCUGAUUUUCGCUUUAAAACGAAAGAAGAAACACGAGAUUGGCUAAAUCAUUUAGCACCAUCUAACCGGUUGGGAUCAUUAUUCAUCGUCAAUCAAACCAACGUUAAAAAAAUUGAUAAUUUGCGUUAUGCCUUUGAAAACUAUACAAAAGAAAAAACAGCCACUUCUUUCAUAUGCAUAUCCAGUAAAGGAGAACAUGUUUGUGCCCAACUGAAAUCAAUUGGUCUGAACGCAUUGAACAUAAGCUGGAACGGAGCAUCCUCACAACCGAAAGAUACAAGAUUUUUAUUGCCUACAUUAGAUAUAAUACUAAAUAAGUCAUAUAACACAGAGUCCUUCUCUUUUGUAUGCUCUAAUCCAGACAUCGACAAAUCAAAAUGUGGUCUUCAAGUCAACGAUAUCAUUCCAAAUUGGUUUCCUACAUCCGCUGAUGAAUUACAGUUAUUUAAUGAUAAAAUAACAAAAGAAACAGGAUUCGUUGAAGUCCGUACAAAAAGUCCGAGAUUGUCAGAACUGAAAUCUGUGCUACCGGUGUUCAUCAUCCCAGGGUUUAAACCAAAAUUAAUCCAAACAUUGUACCAACACUUUAUUUACCCAACCUUCGAAGCCCAGAUACCAGACAAUUUCGUUUCUAUCAAUGAACUCUCUGAGAAUUUGGUAGACCAACUCAAAAGAAUCACGGAUCGAGGGUAUGUAUCCAUUAUUGGUGUAUCUUGGGGUGGAAACGUUGCCCUGAAAAUGGCUCAAAUAUUAGAAGCGCAAGGCACAAUGGUAACCUUGACAUUAUUUGAAGGUGACCCAGAAAUUCUUACAGAAUUAGCUAAAAGUUAUCUAUCAAAUGAUGGGCUUGCCAACAAACUAGAAAACUUAUACAAUUCAUUUUCAAAUGAGAUUUCAAAAUAUGAUCAUCAAAUCCACAAAGAAAUACAAGACAUCUAUUCUUAUCAAAAAUCGUUUGAAAACGUCAUUAGUAGUGCUUUACGAACUAUUCGCUUUAGAUUGCAAGCAUUAUUAGAUGCAAAACCAUUAAACAAUAAAUUGCUAACAACAAUUUUAAUAAUAAGACAUGAACGUUUUUCUGAUCUCGAUACAUCUGUCUUAAAUGAUUAUUUUAUCAAUCCGCCAUCGAUGUAUAUCAUACCAAAUAAAGAUUAUAAACAAGCGAUAGCCGACAGGGAAUUGAUUAAAGCUGUUACAAUGAACAUGGUGAAUUUACCUGCUACAGGAAUAGAAAUUCCAUUGGCCGAGAAAUACAGGAAUUUCUAUUUCUUUCUUCGUCGUCAUUCGAAAAUAUAGUAAUAUAUUUGAAGGAUUAUAUUAAAUUUAAAUAAGUUUUUUUUUCAAGUAAAAAUAUUGAUAAAAUA